AUGGCGCCCUUCAGCAAGUUCUUUACCAAUUUCCGCCUCUCGAACGUGCUCAAUCUGCUCCUUCGCACCCUGCAGCUGAUAGACGGGUUGGUCGUCAUCGGUCUGUACGGCAUCGACCUCAACCGAGCGCGCAAAGAGGACAAGUACAGCGACGGCAAAUGGGUUUAUGCGGUGGUCGUGGGGUCCCUGGCCGCAGCAACAGCCGUCGGGUAUGGUUUAAUCUCUGUGUUCAUGCACUACCGUAGCCUGACGUUCUUGUUUGCCUGGGAAUGGACGCUUGUGGUGCUCUGGGCGGCACUGUCGGGUAUCUUUGGGAACAUGUACCUGAAUGAGAAGAUCGAGAUGGAGACCGGGAUACACCGCAUGAAGGUAGCUGUCGGCUUCGACCUCGCUGGGAUGGUGCUUUGGUUCCUCACCGCCGUCGCGGGCACUUUGUGGUUCUUUAGGGAGAGAUGGGCUGGGAGGGUCCCCAGACCUGGAAAGCCAUGA